AGUUUACGGUUUUUUUCCAGGGUGCGGCUUGCUCUUGAGUGUAGGGUAAUUACGGUACUGGGCAUGCGCAGUGCGCUCAAGCAUCAGUAAGCAGUGCUGAAGGAGGCGAGAAGGGAAACAGUAGCAGGCAGCAGGCGGAGAGAGGGCAGAAGUUGGAUGGCGCUUUCCUUUGUCGCCGUGUCGCUGUUCUUAUUAACACCGAGCUCAUCCGCGAUCCGUGAAUUCAAACCAUCCGUCGCCGCUUACGCGUAGUCACACAUCUGGAUUUCAUCUAAGCAAACGGUCCGAACCUGUUGUCAGGAUGAUGGAGGAAUCGGUGUCCACCUUUGAGACGCAUCUGACCGCUGUCAUGGACAGCCUGAUCCGAGCCUCGGUGUGCGAGAUCACCAAACUCUUCCAGGAGACGGUGAACGACUACCUGGUGGAGCUGUCCCUCAACCGGAGGGAGAACGAGGCUCUGAAGCUGCGGCUGAGGCUCACCGAGAACAAGCUGAGAACCGAGCGCAAGUACGGGAUGGGCUGGGCUGCCAACCGCCGCAACGCCGGGCUGUCGGCGGCGGAGGAAGGAGCAGGAGGAGGGCGGCAGAAACGAAAAGUUGACGGGGCCCGAGGCAAGUCAAAGAAGGGCCCAGCAGCAGCCUAUGGCAAAGGCUGGCCUGGAGGUGUGUGGGAGGAAGGAGGAGGUGGUGGUGGCGGCAGUAGCAGCAGCAGUGGUGUUGGGGGAGGAGGAGGAGGAGGAGGAGUAGGAGGAAGUGUAUCAGGAGCAGGAAGAAGAGGGGGGAAGGAGGCCAGGGAGAUGUACCUCAUCCAGUUCCCCGGGGAUGAAGAGGAUGAGGGAGGAAUGGCGGAGGACGAGGAAGGGGAGGGCAGCCUCAGCGUUGAGGGGGAGGAGACGGCCAACAUCAAAGAGGAGUUUGCUCACACAGAGGGCUAUCAACCCGCUUCUCUUCGGCUAAUCAAAGAGGCCUUGAAGAUGGAACCUCCCAACAAGAAACUUCACGCUGGCUCCAGAACCCAAAGCGAAGGAGACCUGUCAGAUCAUCCCCCGACCCUUCAUCCAGGAGGGAGAGAGGAGGAGGACUGGGAGGUGGGCUCAACCGAGCCAUCAGAGGGGGGCAUGACCAUGGAUGAGCUAAGGGGUCUUGAGUCUGCACUGAGGGCUGAGAGAGGCCGCGAACAGGCUGCAAUGACAGCUUCCCAGCCUGUCAGCCCAAACCCUGAAAUAGUGCGAGGCAGCGAGAUCAGCCUGGUCCCCAAGUACAUUGGUCUCGAUGGAAUGGAACAGGACGGAGAGCUGGAGCCACCCACCCUGCAGAGAGAGGAGCAGAUAGGGCAAGGCAGGUCGAAAGACGCUCUGAGGGCUGGAGUGGAGAUGAGGUUAGGUUGGUCGAAAAAGUUAAGGGAGGGCGACUCGCCCGCAGUCAUGACCGGAGAGGAUGUGGUGGAGCUGGGUGAGCCAGAGCAUCUGCCUCACCUGUCUGCUCCAGGGAGUGUCGGGGAGAGUGAAGAGGAGGGUGGCGCAGACCUGCUCCACUUCUGCCCACAGUGUGGAGGAGGGUUCACUUCAGAGGCUGAGCUGGAUGAGCACCCCUGCCCACUAGGGGGCUCUCAAUUACAGAGCAGUGGAGGAGAGGACAGUCUUUUCCCUUGUGCCCACUGUGGCAACACAUUCAGCCACGCCUGGGCACUUAAGAACCAUGAGUGCGCGUGUGCCGCCGAGCGGCCGCACUGCUGCGAGAUCUGCGGCAAACGCUUCACACACUCGCGCUCACUUGAACGACAUCAUCUAGUGCACACAGGCGAGAGGCCGCACCGGUGCCCUCAGUGCGGACGCACCUUCAGUCGUCUAGGCAAUUUGGAACGUCACCAGCGGAUUCACACAGGCGAACGUCCGUACGGGUGUGACGCGUGCGGAAAACGGUUCAGUCGGGUGGAGUACUUAAAGAGACACCAACUCAUACACAGCAGUGAAAAGGCGACGCUCCAGUGCUCCAACUGUGGAAGUGGCUUUAGUGAUGUGGAGCAACUGAAAAACCACCAGUGUUUUUAAAGCUUCAACUCUCUGACACUGAACUGGAAAAAAGGAGGUUUUUCGUUGAAUGUGGUAGAAUUUUAGGUGAUGAAUGUGUGGUAGAGGCUUAUUUUAUUCUCAGUGAUAUGGAGUCGCCUUUUUAUAAUGAAGGCAAAUGUCCAAAGUGGUGUACAUGGUGUUUCUCUACAGGAGGAGAAAGGAAAUCCAUCUCAGACGUACAGCCAUUUUAAUUUGAGGUGUUCUCAUUUGUAUGUACAAAGCUUGUACUUAUUUAUGAUGAUCAAUGAAUUGUACAUUUAUGUCUUUUUAUCAAUAAUUCAAAGUCGAAGGCUUUGUUUGUUUCUGACAAUUUAAUUGACAGCUUGGUAUUUUGUAUGUUUGUGUUUCAGUCACAUCAUUAAGAAAUAAAUAUCUCAGUUCAUC